CCUUAAUAAUACACCUUAUAAAGAAAGAAAAUGCCUUUUCCCUUGGCCCUUGUCACCUCAAGGUGUAAUUUCACCAUCUCUAACUCCCAUGCGGUGGAAAGAUCUCUAGGUUGGUGCCACUCAAUUAUCCUCAACAACUAGCCAUCAAUAAAUUUUCUCAUGAAAGAUUAAAGAAAGAGAAGCUUCAGCCUUCAAUCUCUCCAUGUUAAUUGGAUGCAAUUCUGAGAAUUCUGUGAAUGGAGGGAGGUAAAGAUCCACCACAAGUGGUUAUAAGCAAGGGAGGCCAACCUAGGGUUUUGCCACAGAGACUCUUGCAUUUGUUUUUGCUUCUGUGUUUUGGCUUUUCAGUGGUCUGCGUUUAUACAAUCAAGGGGUUUGGAGCUCUUAGUGUAGUGAAUAAUACAGUGAAGCCUAGUCUGGAAUCCUGCAUUCAAACAAGGCCAAAUGGUUUGGAGCAUUGGAUUAAGCCUCCAACCAAUUUGACACAUUCAAUGUCUGAUGAAGAGUUGUUUUGGAGGGCAUCUUUGGUGCCAAAAAUAAAGAAGUACCCCUUCAAAAGGGUUCCCAAGAUUGCGUUUAUGUUCUUGACGAAAGGGCCAUUGCCAUUGUCGCCUCUUUGGGAGAGAUUCUUCAAGGGGCAACGAGGGCUCUUUUCGAUAUACAUCCAUUCCUCGCCAUCAUUUGAAGCUGAUUUCACACCCUCAUCGGUUUUCUAUGGAAGGCAGAUACCUAGUAAGGUUACAGAAUGGGGGACUAUGAGUAUCUGUGAUGCAGAGAGAAGACUUAUAGCCAAUGCACUGCUGGAUAUAAGAAAUGAAUGGUUUGUUCUACUAUCAGAGUCCUGCAUUCCUCUGUUCAACUUCACUGUCAUCUAUGGCUACUUAAGGAGAUCAAAACACAGUUUCAUUGGUGCAUUUGAUGACCCGGGGCCAUAUGGGCGAGGGCGUUACAACCCGAACAUGGCACCCGAGGUAAACAUUACAGAUUGGCGAAAAGGACCACAGUGGUUCGAGAUCAACAGGAAGCUCGCCCUCUACAUUGUACAAGACACGAAAUUGUACCCUAAGUUUGCUGAGUUCUGCAAACCGCAUUGCUAUGUCGACGAGCACUACUUCCCGACCAUGCUAGCCAUCCAAGCCGGAAGUGUCUUGGCCAACCGAAGCAUCACUUGGGCCGACUGGUCUCGAGGUGGCGCCCACCCUGCCACUUUUGGGAGAUCAGACAUCACACCGGAUUUCGUGAAGAGGAUCCUUGAAGGUCAUAGCUGCCUGUAUAAUGGCCACAGUAUAUCAAUCUGUCAUCUUUUUGCCAGAAAAUUUGCUCCUAGUGCCUUGGAACCUCUCAUUUUGUUAGCUUCAGAAUACUUAGGUUUUUGAUGGAUAGGGAAACGGAUUUCUUACACACGGGCAAUUAUACAGUGAUUUAUCCCUCCACUAUCUUGUUGGACCGUUAUAUGGAGGCAAGGGAAUUUCACCUUUUAUGGACAAGGGAAAAUGAUUUUUUAAAAAAGAAAAAAAAAAUCAUUUUUAGUUUUGACUAUUGUAGUAUUCCAACAUUUAGUCUUAUUCUUUUAAUUUUACUCUAUUAUAUUGUUAACUUUUA